AAAAAAAAAUCAUAUUCCCUCCCUUAUCAUUUCUCGAAACACUCCUCCUGCUACUCUCCCCUCAACCAUGUCCAUCACCUCCAAAUUCCUCCCUCUCCAUCUCUCCUUCCCAAACCCUAACCCUAAAUUCCCAUUUCAAACCCCCACUCCAUGCCCCCUCUCUCAUCCCAAGCUCCUCACAAUCCGGUCCGCUAAAAAGAGGCAAAGAACCGGGAACUUGCGGUACCCAUCUGAAAAGAAGAAGCUCAAAUCGAAACAAAAGACCCAAAUUGACGAAGCCGACAAAUUUGAGGGGUUCUGGAGGCUGUACAAGCUCGGAGUCCCUGCCCAUAGAGACCCUGGAAAGGAUUUUCUUGGCGUUUCGGAUGCUUUGCUUGAACAAAUUGCGAAAGCUCUCAAAUUUCCGAAACCCACAAGAGAAUCGAAUGAAUCUCCCAACACGUAUCCCACCACCAAAAUCACAUGUUUGAGGAAAAGGGUGCUCAACCUAUCCAUUGUAGCAGUUACCUUAUCCCUAACCAUAUCCAGCAGCAUUUCUAAAGGAACGGCUCAAGAUUUGGAGCUUGAAAGAUACACCGAUUCAAAACAGGGCUUCACUCUCCUCAGACCCCCUUCUUGGGUUAAGGUUGAAAAAGCAGGUGCUACUGUUCUAUUUGAAGAGCCAAACAAAGCAACUAACAAUCUAGGUAUUGUUGUUAGCCCUGUUCGCCUGACAAAGCUAGAAGAAUUUGGGAGUCCUCAAUUUGUUGCAGAUAAGCUUAUUCAAGUUGAAAAGCGCAAGGAAAGUACAAAGGAUGCUGACAUAAUCGGAAUUUCAGAGAGAUCAGGAAAUGGAGGCCUCCAAGUGUACGAGUUUGAGUACAAACUUGAUAGCACAAGGGGAGGAAUGAAGAGGAUCUUUACAGCUGUGUUUGUGGCUUCUAAGAAGCUUUACAUCCUUAAUAUUGCCCACUCUGACAAACCAGAGGGUCCUCUGGACAUGCAUAGAAAAAGGCUAUUGGAACAAGUUCUUCAUUCCUUUGAUGCUGCACUUUGACAUGAAAUGAACAUCGCUACUCAUUCUUCUCUGACACUGACUUGAUGCUUUACAUCUCUGCUCUAGCAGUCAACGGCAUAGGUGGUAACACGAAGGCAUGCCUUGUGAUCCGAGGUUUCCGAGGGGCGGAUGUAUAUGGGGAGUGGGGGUGGUGCGGCUGGUGCCACCCCCAGGUUCCAAACGUGGAAACUCCCUCUCCACUCUCAAAUCAAUCUGUAAACCUGGACUACUUGGACUGCAUCCCUACUUAUACUUGGACCUCUUAGUCUCAAUGUAGGAGCAAAAAGAAGACAGGUAUGCUCAUAAUCCUUUCCCCACUGUUUCUCCUUUCCUUAUUUUCGACUUUGCACAUAAAUGUUUUUCAUAUAUGAUAGUGGGAUUUGCUAUAAGUUGAUUUGUUACAUUGAUAACUAAAAAAAAUAAAAAAAAAUUGAUGAACUUUUACAAUCUUGACGAUGAAGAACGAAUGUUAAUUGUUUUGGAGUUAAAGUGUCUGGAGCCACGGAAAAAAAUUAAUUAUUUGUUUGUUUGCAUGAUGAACAUUCAUUUUGUAUCUAUGGAAGAAUGUGAAGUUUCAACUUUAUUUGUGUGUUUCUGCCACCAAAGAUAUUAGGUUAGCCCUCUGGACAGUUCCAAUAAUAUGAAGUCAAUUUUGUCUAGCCUUAGAGUUUGGAAGCAGGCCAAGUGUAGUUUUAACUCUCUAGAAUCAGUAGAACGGGUCUAAUGUAGUUCUUCCAUUGGAUAUGCAAUUGAAAGUUUUCAUGUGUUAGGAUGUGUUUCUUUUAUGGUAACUAUUUAGUCUUUCAAAAAGCUCAAUGUUUGUUACAAACAGUGAGCUUUUUUUCCUCUAUUGAUCUGAUUCUUGUUACCCAGCUUUUUUCCACUAUGAUUUUGUAUACAAUAACAGUAGUAAGUUAAGUGUUCCUCACUUUCUUGAAGCAUGUUUUCGGAUUCCCCGUGUUUUGUAAUCAAAAGAGAUUCAAUAGAUUGGAAAGCGUUUAUUUUGCUGGGACUUGUCCUUGGGUGGCAUUUCAAUGGAAAUUAGUGUUGCUCUAUUUUUUGUAAGUAGAGGCUGUUAUUUUUUUGCAAAAGUAUUAAUGGUAGUGAUUGUUCUUGAUGUUAAAGGUUAGUUUUUUUUGGACUUAAUUACUGUUAUAUGUUUUCAGUGGGGUCAAAAUAGAGUUCCUUUAUGGCCCGAAGAGCAAAUCAUCUUCUCUUAUGUUCGUGUAUAGAAUUAUUGCUAUCCACAAUUUUCUUUGACAAACAUUAUACAUGUAUCCGAAUUCUAUAAAUGUGUCAAACAAACAAAACAAGUUUGGACAGUUUUCUUUUAGAGAUAAGGAUAAGGAUAAAAAAUAGUUUGGGUUGGUAUAGGCAAUGUUGAUUUUGUGAUGAUAACUAUUUGAGGCGUGUGUCCAAACCUCUAGGCUGAGAUUAUGCAAUUGCAACUGAAUUAAUUUGUUAACUUGGAUCUGCAUUUUAGGAUUACAUAUUAAGGUUAAAUGGGCUUUUUUUUCUUGUUAAGUUGAACCUGAACUUAGGAACUAUCAAUUGCGGAUCUCACCUUUGCACCCUAUACAUUUUCUCAUCCACUGUAUUUGCUAUAUUGUAGGUCUGAUGGAACGUGUACAAUCUCCAUCGAUAGAGAAAGAUAUCAAUUUUAAAGUUGAAGAACACGUAGAGGGGUCGAUAUCACAAGUCCACGACAGUUUAUGCUUGCUCACAGAGGCUGAGGUUUUUUUAAAAUGAAAUUUGAUUUGGAGGGAGAUGCACAUACUUUUUACAAUUUGUACGCAAGAGUAAUUGGGUUUAGCAUAAGGAAAGGCAGAAGAAAAAUGUGUGGGGACAAUGUGGUAAUGAGUAGAAAGUGGGUAUGUUCAAGGGAAAAGGGUAAGGGCAAGUAAGUACUUUGCCAGCGUACAACGAACGAGAAGGCCAGGGGCAGAAACUAGAGUUGGUUGUGGUGCAUUAUUUUGCGUACGAUAUGAUCUGGAAAUGGGAAAAUAUGUGGUGACACUUUGUCCGGGAACACAAUCAUGACCUGGCGUCAUCGCACUGUGUUCCUUUCCUUUGGUUGCAUAGGUCUGUGACAGGUGCAGACAAAGCCCUGGCAAUGGCUUUGCAUGAUGUGGGUGUAAAGACAAGCCCAAUCAUGGAUUUAAUGUCCCGUCAAUGUGGUGGUCCAGAGAUUGUGGGAUUCAUUCGUUAAGAUUGCACAACCUUUUUCAAGCUAAGCGUAGAAUAGAGCUUAGAGACGGUGAUGCCGAGGGUGCUUUGGGGUACUUCUUUUCUAAAGCCGUUGAGGAUCUUUUUUUUUUUUCUUUUCUACAAGUAUGAUGUCGAUGAGGAGAACCAGUUGGAUAAAUUGUUCUGGGCUGAUUCAAGGUCUCGAAUGGACUAUGCAACAUUCGGUGAUGUGUUGGCCUCCGACAUGACCUAUAGGACAAAUGCAUACAAGUUGUUUGUCAUUUUAGCUGGCGUGAGUAUGUGGCCCAUAGAUUGGGAGAUAUAAAUAAUUUUUUGAAGGGCACGUAUGUUGAAAUUGAACAAAAAAAUUAAGACGGAAAGAGCAUUUUGGUUUUGAG